ACAGGAAGUUGAAAUGCAUGCCUUGUAGAACACGGGGCGAUAUCAGUGGGGCGAUAUGUUGCCUUCUGAUGGCAGUUGAUAUCAGAAAGAGAAGAUAUGCUUCAACUUGCAACAGAAAACGGAUCUUUUGUUGCGUUGGAGUUGCACUGCUGCUUCUUGUAAUUUGUAUCAUAUUGGUGGCUGCCUUUGUUGUUGUUAAGAAGAGGAUUGUUCAGAGUGGCCAGCCUUUUGCCAGCAUGGAUACACUUCAGUUUUUCAAUGUAACAGAUGGUCUUGCAGUCACAUGGUACAAUGGGGAUAUGUCAAAGAAGCAGAUGGAAGAUGUCUUGAGUAGUGAUGCCAUGAUGUUGGAAGCAGAUGUCACAUUGGGAGGAAGCCCAAGUGGUCAAGAUGAAACUACUGUGCCAUCUGUGGCAAGGGAUAAUACAUUGCAAGAGUGGAUGGAAGCCAUUUUAGAUGCUAAUCUGAAUGGCAGGAAAAAAGGUGUCAAGUUGAACAUGAAGCAUGACAAAGUUAUUGGACCCACGUUAAAGGUUCUGCAAGCCAUGAAGGAUAGUAUAGUGAUACCAGUUUGGAUACAUGCAGACAUACUUUUAGGUCCCGGAACCAACAAAACUAUGAUUAAUCCUAUGCAGUUGUUUUCACAAAUUGACCAAAUCUAUCCUGCAGUGACAUUGUCCGUAGCUUGGGCAUCUGACUCUUCUCAAACUUCUUACACACAAAGCAUGAUGGAGGAAAUGUAUUCUCUUAUUAAGAACCUUAAGCAGCCAGUGUCUAUAACAGUCAGAGCAGCUCUUGUGAAGAAUGCUUGGCCCAAUUUAAAAUGGUUGCUGAGCCAGAACUCCAAUUUUACGCUGACAGUUUGGAACCCUUCAGGAGUAACAGACAAAGAAGGAACAGAUUUAUACGACUUACUUUAUGUUCGAAACAAUUGGUAUAUUGAAAAGAUCUUUUAUGAUUUACCAGGAACCAAGUUUAAAGAAUUUCAGGAAUUAUCUGUGACAGCAGGAAGUCCCCUCAACUUCUUUGAUGUUAAAGACAGAGAUGCUAUUGAUAUCACAUGGGCUCAUGCUGCUAACAGUAUAGCAGACAUGGAAAUGGCUUUGAAAAGUGAUGUCAUGAUGUUGGAGGCGGACAUCUUACUUCGUGGUCAGGGCACAGCUAGUCAAACAGACAUUCCUAUUAUGGCACACCCUCCAGCUAUAGACAGUGAUAAUACCUUUCAAAACUGGUUCACAAAUGUUGUUCAAACUAAAAAAGGGCUGAAACUAGAUUUUAAAAGCAUCGGAGCAGUUGAACCAUGUUUGCAAAUUCUAAAUUCAUCCAGGGGCAGUCUACGGCAGCCAGUUUGGCUUAAUGCUGACAUACUUGUUGGACCUAAUGCAGCUGGCAGCAAACCAGUUGAUGCUGCAGAAUUCAUCAGUGUUAUCCAACAAAACUUUCCUCAGGCAACAUUAUCAAUAGGGUGGAAAACUGCCUGGAAUAAUUCCCGCACAAAUGAAGGAUACACACAGGCCAUGGUAGAAGAAAUGGCUGGCAUUUGUAACAACUUGACCCAACCUAUCACCUUUCCUGUCCGUGCCAUCGCUGUGCGACGAUCAUGGCCUCAGCUAAAAUGGCUGUUGGAUCAGUCUCUUUCCUACAGUCUCACCAUAUGGACAACUGCUGCUGAUGACCUGAAACAAGCAGAUAUGCAGUGGGUGCGUGAUCAGGGGUAUGAUGAGGACAGGAUUUACUAUGAUCUACCAGACAUCCUGAUGCCUAGAAGAAAUAGAGAGAAACUCAAGGGUGAAAAGGAUGGACAUGAGCUUUGAUUGUUGGUGCAAAUAUAAAUGUGUGAAACUUAUAGUUAUAUGCCCCAAGGCAGCAGCUGUAAAGGACUCUUACAAAAUAACGGUCUGUAUAACAGUUUUGCCCUAUUCAUAAGAAAUUAGGACUUUACACAUGCAUAUAUAGAUCAUUGAUGUGCCAUUAGCUGAGAGAAGUUGUUAUAGAUUUUUUCUAAAUGUUGUCCAUAUCCUAGUCGUUAUGCAACAUUCUUAGGCAUUGACUUGAUACAUAUACAAUACAGUACCUACAUAAGAAUGUUGGAUGAAAUCAUGCAUGUGGAUACUUAUCAGUUUGCAUCUGUAUAUGUGUUAUGGGAAUUGUAGGGAUGAUGUUUAUCCAUCUCAGGAAAUGGUACAGUUCUGAAUCAAAAUCAUCACAAGUCUAGGGUCUGUCCUCCUUUUGCGCAAAGUUAACUAAUUUCUUAGAAUCGUUCUUUGUUCUUAAAAAUAAUUUCAGUGCCCCCACCAUCUAUAUGUAGAAUUGUAUGAUCAGUUUCUAUAUGCAAAUGUAUGGCAGGAAAACCACUCUUAUUAUGUUUUGCACAUGUCACACAUAGACACUAGUCCUUUCUUUAAACAGGCAAAGCACAGCUCCUUGUCUCUUACAAAUAUCUUUUCUUUCGUGUUUUAACCAUUCAGCAGUGGACAUCCAUAAAUUGAAUGUGAACCAGUGCAGAAAAUGCAAGGGGAAGGUAUUACUUGAUUCUAGCUGGUAACAGACGGUGGUGAAGGAGUGAUGGAAUCAUGACAUUGGUAUCUAUGCUGUUUUGCUGUCAUGCAUUAGUUGCCAAAAGGUGGAUGAACAAGGAUUCUUGCAUGCUUUUCCACCAAACUAUUGGUGUUACUAAUGUGACGACAUUAUU